AGAAAUCCAGCAGCGCCAUUUGACCGCCUUCAAAUCACGAAGAUGAGUUACGCCGAGACCUUUGAAGCCGCAUUUGCGAAUCCCAAGAACACGGCCAUCACUACUCCGGAUGCGGAUGUAAAUGCCAUCAUCAGCAACAACUACACUGUCGAUGAGCCAUUUACCUAUACCAAGUCCCUGCUCUGGGAUAUGGAAGUGAAAAAGGCGCUGGGCCCAGACAAAUACAUCAGCCACGUCAUCCGUCCCGGGAGUUUGAAGGUAGUCAACCAUACCAAGGAGGGCUCUCUCGAGUACUUCAUCCGCAUUACGGACCAAAGGAUUUGGAAGGAUCCCGAUCAAUACACAACAGUUAUUGAGCGCGUUUGUCUCGAUCAUGUCAACCAAAAGGCAUUCUUCCUUGGAGUGGCAGAGGCGACUCUUCCCGAUGGCUCAAAAAUCACGACUGGGGAAAAACAGCCACUGUUUCACGUCGAACACUGCGCGGUUGGGAGUGAGGAGAACCCUGUCAACACAUGGCGUAUCGUGCAUCUCACCGAAGGUCGGGAUGAAGAUCUCGUCAAGGCUUUUGAUGGCAUGAUGCGUGAUCCAUAUCUGAGACAGUUUAAUGAGGUUUAUAUACGGGAGGAUUUGGGAAGGCAGCUGGUUCGAAAGGAUAUUACUACUUGA